AUGGAUCGCGAGCAGUUUCGCGUUGCAGCCCACGCAGCCAUUGACGACAUCAUCAACCAUUUCGACACACUGCCCGACCGCCCCGUGCUGCCAACCAUUGAGCCGGGCUAUCUCCGGCCUCUGAUCCCAGAAAACCCGCCGGCCGAACCGCAAGCAUGGGCCGAAAUCCAGGCGGACAUUGAGUCCAAGAUCCAGCCGGGCUUGACGCACUGGCAGUCACCCAACUUUAUGGCAUUUUUCCCAGCGUCGGUGACGUACCCCAGCAUCCUGGGUGAGAUGUACUCGGCGGCGUUCACGGCGCCCGCGUUUAACUGGAUCUGCUCGCCGGCUUGCACGGAGCUGGAGACGAUUAUCAUGGACUGGGUCGCCAAAGCGCUCGCGCUGCCAGAAUGCUUCCUCAGCACGUCGGCCAACGGCGGCGGCGGUGUGAUCCAGGGCACCGCCAGCGAGUCCGUCGCAACCAUGAUGAUCGCCGCACGAGAGCGGCGCGCGCGCGAGCUCACGCUGGCCGAGGGCAUCAAGGAUGGCUCUGCCGAGUACGAAGACCGCAUCUGCGCGAACCGGGCCAAGCUUGUCGCGCUGUCGAGUGACCAGGCGCACAGCAGUAUAGCCAAGGCGGCGCUGGUCGCAGGCAACCGGUACCGCAGCGUGCCGACACAACUCGCCGACAACAUGGAGAUGACGGGACCGGCACUGCGGGCGGUGCUGGAGAAGGUCGAGGCCGACGGACUGCAGCCGUUUUUCAUCACGUUCAAUAUGGGCACGACAAACUCGUGUGCGGUCGACCGUGUGGCCGAGCUCAAGGCGGUGCUGGCCGAGAAGGAGUCCUGGCAGCGCAUCUGGGUGCAUGUUGACGCGGCGUAUGCUGGCGCGGCGCUGAUUGCAGAUGAGUAUCAGCAUAUUGCCAAGGACUUUGCAGAGGGGAUUGAUAGUUUCAACGUCAACAUGCACAAGUGGCUGCUCGUCAACUUUGACGCUAGCUGUCUAUUCGUCCGCAACCGUCUCGACCUUACCAACGCGCUCGACAUCACGCCAACGUACUUGCGUAACCCGUACUCGGAAAUGGGCAGCGUUAUCGACUACCGCAACUGGCAGAUCUCGCUCGGCCGACGCUUCCGCAGCUUGAAGAUCUGGUUCGUGAUGCGCAGCUACGGGCUGAACGGCAUGAAGGCGUUUAUUCGCAAAGGUGUGCAGCUGGGCGACUUCUUUGCAGGCAAAAUCCGAAGCCGGGCAGAUCUGUUUGAGAUUGUGACGACGCCGGCGUAUGGAUUGACCGUGUUUCGCGUGCGCAAUCCAGCAGCAACAGCACAAACAGUAGUAGUAACAAACGGCGAUUCGAAGACGCAAGUCGCCGUGGAUGAAAAGUGCAAUGCGCUGACCAAAGAGGUAUACGAGCGCAUCAACGCGCGCGGCGAAGUGUACCUGACGUCGACUGCGUUUGCCGGGGUUUAUGCUAUCCGCGUGGUCACGGGCAACAUGCACUCGCAGGAAAAGUACACGCAGCGGGUGUUUGACAUGCUGGUUGAGGCUGCAGAGGGUGUUUUAAAAGAGUAG